AUGACCCUGCUAACGAGGACCUUCACGCGCUCUCUCGGGGCAUCCCUCCUAUCCAAUCGAGCUACUCUACUCUCCAAUAAGCAGCAAAGCAGAUGGUAUCGCCAUUGGCACCGUAUGUCUGAGGAUGAUUGGGCUCUGCCCUUGGACUCCAUGCCUGAGGACGUGAAAACUCUGAUGGCCACACCACAGACCGAACGAGGCUUCGUAGAGGACUACUGGUAUAAUAGAAUACGUGGAGAGGCAACACUGUUGGACCCAGAGGCUCUGCCAUCUAAGAGCUACAUUGACCUGGCCAGGGACAUGGGACUUCAGAUUGUCGAUGAACCUUCGAGCCAUAUGAUGGGUCUUAUCGAGCUAUACGAGUACUUGAGAGGGGCAUCUUUUGUCGGCCCUUUUGGUACUAUAGAGAACCCUGUCCUGGUCCCAGCUGUGGGUCAGGAGCGCGUUGUAGCCUGCACUGGAGGAGUUGGUGAUGAGGAGCAUUUCACCUUGUGGUUUAGAUGCAGGGAAGGUUUCAUGUACCGUUGUGGAGAAUGUGACCAAAUUUUCAUGCUCGUGCGGCUCUACUACGAGGACCGUUACUGGACACAGACCCUCGUCAGAGACACUUUUAUGUCUGAUGGUGACAUGUUCGACUUAAAGACACUGGAGAGGGUGCAUAAGAUGUGGAAUAAGGACGAGAUGGUCCGAUGGGAGGUCGGCUACUGGGCCCAGGAUUAUGUCCUUGGCAAGGGUGUACUCCCUGGUAUGGUGGAGGAACAUACUCGUGUGAACUAAGUUUAACGAUGCACCUUUUUGAUACUAUUAUCAUUGCACAGCGUUUGAGUGGAUAUUUCCCUCAUACGUCAUAUGGAAAGCGUCGUCGUAUAACAUGCGGGGGCUCUAAUAGUGAAUUUUCGAAACAC